CAAAGGCCAAACACCGAAACCAUGAAAACCCAAGCAACAGGGUCCUGGUAUUUAGUGACGUGACUGUGACAACUUUCUUGAGCACUUGUCGACUUUUCACUGGUGAUGGUAAAUAGACUCUUGCCAUUUAGAGGAGAAAAUAUUUUCAUAGAAACCGGGAUGCUAGAGAUGUUAGAGAGGGGCAUAUUGAUGUCUCUGCAGACGCUAAAUCACCCUCCAUUUCUUACGGGUGAUGCCUUUAGAAAGAGGACACAGACUCGGUGCAGAGCGAAAUCAAAUUUAAGCACAGGUUUACAGUUAUCUUCUGAAGAGAAUGGAAAAUAUGCAGAGGCAGGUAGUUCCCUUAUGAGAUGUGAAAGCUCUGCUGGUUCUCUGCUAAGCCAACCAAACACUGUUGGUGUUAUAGGAGGAGUGUCAGUUCUAUCAACUCUGAUUUUCUUGGAGAAGCUUGCUUGUUGGGGUUCAAGAAAUGGUAGGGAAUGCCCACCUUUCGUUGUUUCCAGUGAUGAUGUGCUAAGCAAAGUGCUUUCGUUUCGUGGUCCCCUCCCUUCUGCAAGAAGCAGAGUCGAUCGAAUCAAAUUGAAUCAGGACUUUGUGAUUGAGAAUUUGAGGUGCAAAAGGAAUUUUCUUCAGCAGUCUGGAGCUCAGGGAUUGGCCAUGCCUUGCCAUCUCUCACAUGCGUGGCACAGUGAAAUUUCUGAGGAUAGUUCCCUACCCUUUCUUCAUGUUGGUGAUUGUGUGGCCCUGGAACUCAAGAACGCCAAGUUGAAACCAAUCCAUGCUGCUUAUACUGUGAGGAUUGGACUGCUGACUACGGAUUCCGCUUUUGUAGCUAGUUAUUACCAGGAGAAGCUUCAAAGCCAGGGAUUUGAAGUAGUGUUGCUAGAUAAGGCAACCGAGGAGCAUGUAUUGGUUCCUGCAAUGGAGGCAUUGUACCGAAAGGACAUCGAAGGGGCAAGGAAUCUAUUGAGAAUUGCAAUCCAUGUUCUGUUGGUUAGGGCAGUGAACCUGGUGCUUCUGGCAUCUGAUGAUUUGCUGGGGGUUCUCCCUCACAAUGAUCCUCUUCUCAGGAAAUGUAUUGACCCCAUGGAUGCUUUGGCCAGGUCAAUUAUACAUUGGGCAGAAACAACGGCAAAGGUGCACAAGAAAUUGUAAUAUUCCCUUCUUCCGAAAGCUUGCCAUAGUGAUUGCAUUAUCUCUGUGAAAAGAAAAAGAACCGUGGCUUCGUGUAGAUAGAAUUUCUCCUUUGCCACUGCAUCUUUCUUUGAUAGAUAGAGGAAUAAAAUGAGGAACUGCAGUUAGAAUAGCAUUUGAUAACUUGAUAGUUGUAGCUCAUCUGCACUUCAUAUUGCAGAUUUUGGCGUGCCUUUGUAUGCAAUAAAAUUCUCUUGGUAUCUCCGCAGAAACCACUUAAGUCA